UGGUAAACAGCCGGUGAUAUCUACACGGAGACACGUUUCCUCUUUUAUACCGUCAACAACAAUGGGGGCAUUUUUAGAACCCUUCAAUGAAUGAACGGAGUGUCACGUCCCAGUGUUUGUUUCUGUGUUUGGGACGUCCCACCGCCUCCCCUUCCAGCCCUUCCCGUCCCAUUCCUGACUAUAAAAAUCCCACCAUCCCAGCUCUGCACUGUGUCCUCACUGAGCAUCCAGGAUGACAGGGAUUAUUCUGUGCUUCUUCCUUUUAGGCUUUCCUCCUUCCAACACAGAUGAGCGUGUUGUUAAUGAGCUCUUCGCUCUGACAGAAAAGGCUCAGAGCAACUUAGUGGAUCCAGCUCUGAGCAACCAGAGCCGGCUGCUGGUUAAGGGGCCGUCCCUGCCCAUCAACGAGCUGCUGGAGAAAAGCAGCUUGGCCGGUGAGUCCAAGUUCACCCUCCACCCCCUGCCCUCGGCUGUAUGGCCAAAGGACAGCGACCUGGGCCCCGUCUCUCGGCACCACGCGCUCCACAACAAGAGCAAGAAGGGCCCCAAGAGCGACCGUCUGCUGGAGCACAACAGCGAAAAGGCCAGAGGCGAGGUCGCGGGUCUGCUUCCCAAAACCCUGCUGAACGGCGCGGCAGUCGUCACCACCAACCGCACCGCGCAAAAAGCCAACCAGGACGCCCAGUCCAGCAGCAGCGCGCCCCAGCAGGGCGAACCAGAGGGAGGGCCCAGCUCCAAGCCCAGGGGUGCCCCCAGCACCCAGCCGCAGGCCCAGCCUCAGCCCCCGGCCUCCGCUCCACGGAGAGAUGCCCCGAACCCGGAGGAGAACCGGCCGGGGAGGUCCAGCCUGUACCAGUCGGGCAUCGGUGCAGGGACCAGGAAUAACAGCCGCCCGCCCGACAUGUUCAACCGACGCUCCUCCAGCCUGCUCUACCAGUUCGACAUCCUCAGACGAGAGUCGGACUUCACACAUGACGCCUUCUGCCUGAAUGAGUGCAGGAAGGAGAAGGAGGAGAGAGAGUAUUACUGCUACAGUGAGUUUGCCGUCAACGGCGUCGUCCACGACAUCGACCUGCUGCCGAAAGGAGUACGCGUCAUCACGCUGAUGGUGGGCAGCAACGGCUUCUACAAGAUGAGUCGCCUCUACGCCUCCGCCGACAGCUUCUUCUUCAAGGUCCGCCUCAUGGUGCUGGACACGUACAAGUGCAACAAGCCUUGCCCGGACAUCAAGCUAGGGACCAGGUACAUAGUGAUGGGCCAGAUCUACCACCGGAGGCGCCACCUGUCCAACGAGCUCCUCACCCUGCUGGGCGGCAAACUGAAGCCCGGCGACGGCCUCCUGCGGAGCAACAGCUACGUCAAGAGGUUCAACAAGCGGAGGCACCAGAAGGUGCUGGAGGCCACUCGCUCCAGGUGUCUAUGAGGCCUGCUCGGACUAUGGCCCCCGGCUGCAGGGGAUCGGACAUUGCAGCUCGCGUGAACCGCAGCCCCUCCGAACUGUACGAGAGAGAAGCACUUCUGCAGAAAGAUUGGAUUUAAUUGUGCAGUGUGUUAUUACAUUUUUUUUUACCGUUUUGCUCUUUGACAUGCAAUUAAGUGAUUUUCCUCAAUCAAAACCAAAGAAGACUAUUACGCCCACUGCACCUCGGAUUGUCCCACUGCUCGGCGUCUGGGGACCUCGGAACAUCCAUUUUUUUUCAGCUUUACUUCCAAAUUCCAAACCCAAAUGUUGUAUUGCACUGAGUGGCAUUGUAUUGUUUUCCACAGGCCUGUACAUGUUGUCACUGUGGUCGUCAUUGCUCAGCAGGAAAUGCACUAUUACUGUCAAAAGCAACAGAGGGAGGGAAUAAAGGGCCAAUAAAGCCCAGUGGAGGAGGUGGCAAAUAGACACAGAGAACACAGGACCUCUGCUUGUCAUGAGAGCAGCUUCGCUUUCUAACUUUAAUUAUGUGCCCAUGCUGAAAUGACAUCAAACGGGGCCUGAGUGAGGAGGGGAUGUGUUGUUUUAGGGUCUAAGCCAUAAAUCUAAUCGCAGGAAUCUGAUCCCAUCCGCACCUGGACACACGGCUCAGAGAGGCUUCGUCGCGUCUCCCCUCUGGGACGGCCUUUGUUUUCCUGAAGUGCUCUGCAGAGGGGAGAGGGGUAUUUAAAGUAUUUUGUGGGGUUUCGGUGGGGGACGACAGAUGGUUAUAUAAAAUUUGUUCAGGAGGGAGAGGGCGUGGACUCUGCAGAAGCUCUUAUUUAAUCCCGAAUCCGUCGCUUGACUGUAGUUCAACCUUCAACUUCUGCCUCUCUCGAGGGAGAAAAGAUUUGCACUGAACGCUUGCAUUGCUCUACUAUAAACAAUAAAAAUCUGUGUUUGUUUUAAACUCAGUGA